AUGACUAUGCCAUUCAGAAAACCAAUCCAAGACUGCUACGAAACCCUCGGCAUUGAUGCAAACGCAAGCACAAAGGAUAUCAACAGCGCGUACAAGAAAUUAGCCCUGAAGUACCACCCCGACAAGGCAGGUGGGAACGAUGUCUCGAGCGACGAGUUCCAGAAAAUCCAAGAAGCCGUCGAGAUCCUGCGUGACCCGUUCCGCCGCAUGAAGCACGACCAGGAGCUCUCGCGUAUCAAGCGCGUCUUCGUCGAAGAACACUUCGAGUUUGAUGCCUCCUACACCGGCUGGAGAUCCCACAGUCCCAUGUGGUUUGGCCCGCGGACCGCCAACGAGCGAUACAUGUAUAGCUACGGCAACAGCGUGCACAUGAAUCCGAACUCUCAGGAGGCCCAGGAAGAAAAGGAGCGCGUGAAGAACGAGAUGAAGUUCGACGCGGAGGUGAGAAUGCAAGAGGAGCAGGAGCUUCGAGAGGCGAAGCAGAGAGCUGAGGAUGAGGUGCUGAAGGAGGCGAGACGUAGGAUGGCCAUGAAGGCGAGAGUGAUAAGGGAUGAGGAGCUGAUGGCGGAGGGGCCCGAUUCCCUGGGGGGCUGUGAUGAUGAGGAGGCUCGUUCGGCUGACUUCAUGUACUCUGACGACGGAGAAUCGGGAUACGAAGACGAAUAUUCUGAAGAGGGAGAGUAUUACAACUACAGCAGCUACUCGAGAUAUUAUGAGGGACCUGCCGAGGAUGAAAACCCCGAAGAAGAUCUGCUCAAUUUCAAAGAGGGUGAACAUGACGACGACGACGACGACGACGACGAAGCAUUCUCCGACCAAUCCACCCAACGGACUGCCACUGAAUACAACCCUGUCUACCGGAGCAGAGACAACACCAGCCCGUUCAGCGAAAACAAACUCUCUGAUUCGCACUAUGAAACCGGCAAAGAAGACCACUCGGAGGACGAUUCAUUCUACUAUUCCUUCAGCGAGAGCACCAGGUCAGUCAAAGGCGAAGCCACCUUCUCCAGUCUCGGUCAGGAGCCCACUGCUGCGGAAGACAACUACAUCAGAGUCGAGUCCGAUCUACACUCCCACCUCCGUCCCUUCCUGCCGCUGUUCGAGUCCAAGCUUAAUCAUCCAAGCGGCCUGUACACACGAGCCGACAUGCACAGCGAGCUGCGAGGCAUCGUGAUGGAGACAUUCUGUGGCUGGCUGGAGAAUCUCCGUCUGGGGUUCUCGGAAGCCGAGUCCGAAGGCAACAGUCGCUCCCAGCCCGAUAAAUCAGACACCUGCGAGCAUCUCGGAUACUGGACCAAGGAGUAUGGACGGGACGAGUGCGAGGUUUGUCAUCGAUGGAAGCCCAUCUACACGCUGACCUGUCCUGGCUGCGGUCUCAAGGCAUGCGUGGUCUGCAAGUUCCGGUGCUGAGGUUUUGGGAUGAAACAAAGGCGAUGACUACCGUGAUUCUUUUUGUUCAUGGAGGAGAGAAACUGGGUGUUGAUUGGUUACAGCAUGAUGUCAAUAUUGCAUUGGUAUUUAAUGCUGAUUUGUUCAGGAC